AUGUCGGAUACGCAUAUUGAUGUUGGCGUAUACGAGCCGAUGACGAUUUUUCAGCAACCGGAACCUACUAACAGCAAUGGAUCAGCUCCGGUGAAGCUGCCGACGAAGACAAGACUAAAUGUGACUGUCAAAAAGCUUCAUGUGACCGCCGCAUGGAAAUGGAACGAAGGCGGCGAGGAUACGUGCGGAAUCUGCCGAAUGGAGUUCGAGGCGGCUUGCACCAAUUGCAAAUUUCCCGGCGACGAUUGCCCGCUGGUAUUGGGCAUGUGCCGUCACGCGUUCCAUCGCCACUGCAUCGACAAAUGGACAUCGGCGCCGACGAACACGCCGAGAGCACAAUGCCCACUGUGUCGACAGGAUUGGGUGAUGAUCGUGCGUAGAAGCGAACAAUAA